CGGGAGGCGGAGGACGGUGCUCCCGGCUCAGUUGAAGCUGGCCGCUGGCAGUGCGGGUGGCAGCAGGUGCACCCGCCAGGUGAGCUCUCGGGGUUCCUGUCGCCCAGCUUGGCUUAUCUUGGGAGCCUUGAAACCUUGCUCAUCAUAAAGAUCAGGUGACUAGUGACUUCAGCCAUGUCUGUGAGACCUUUUGAAAGUCCACCUCCUUACAGACCUGACGAAUUCAAACCCAAUCAUUAUGCACCAAGCAAUGACAUGUAUGGUGGAGAAAUGCAUGUGCGGCCGAUGCUCUCUCAGCCGGCAUACUCUUUUUAUCCAGAAGAUGAAAUUCUUCACUUCUACAAAUGGACGUCGCCUCCGGGAGUGAUUCGCAUCCUGUCUAUGAUCAUUAUUGUGAUGUGCAUCGCUAUAUUUGCCUGUGUGGCUUCCACGCUUGCUUGGGACAGAGGCUAUGGAUCGGGCAUCUUUGGAGGUAGCCUAGGCUACCCUUAUUCAGGAAGUGGCUUCGGUAGCUAUGGCAGUGGCUAUGGCUAUGGCUACGGCUACGGCUAUGGCUAUGGAGGGUAUACAGACCCAAGAGCAGCCAAAGGUUUCCUGUUGGCCAUGGCAGCCUUUUGCUUCAUUGCUUCCCUGGUAAUAUUUGUUACCAGCGUUAUAAGAUCUGGAAUGUCCAGAACGAGAAGAUAUUACUUGACUGUGAUCAUAAUCAGCGCCAUCUUGGGCAUCAUGGUGUUUAUUGCCACAAUCGUGUACAUAAUGGGAGUCAACCCAACUGCGCAGGCUUCUGGCUCUAUGUAUGGUUCACAAAUAUAUGCCCUCUGCAACCAGUUUUAUGCUCCUGGAGCUUCUGGCCUCUAUGUGGAUCAAUAUUUGUAUCACUACUGUGUGGUGGAUCCCCAGGAGGCUAUAGCCAUUGUCCUGGGGUUCGUGAUUGUCGUGGCGUUUGCUUUAAUCAUUUUUUUUGCUGUGAAGACUCGAAGAAAGAUGGGCAUGUACGACAAGUCCAACAUUUUGUGGGAUAAGGAACACAUUUAUGAUGAGCAGCCCCCCAAUGUCGAAGAGUGGGUUAAAAAUGUGUCUGCAGGCACACAAGACUUGCCUCCACCCCCAUCCGACUAUGCGGAGAGAGUUGACAGUCCCAUGGCCUACUCUUCCAAUGGCAAAGUGAAUGGCAAGCAGUCCUACCCAGAGUCUGUCUAUAAGUCAACGCCUCUGGUGCCGGAAGUGGCUCAGGAGCUCCCAUUGACCUCGCCUGUGGAUGACUUCAGGCAGCCUCGGUACAGCAGCAGUGGUAACCUAGAGACACCUUCCAAAAGGGCUCCCACGAAGGGAAGAGCAGGCAAAUCGAGGAGAACAGACCUGGACCACUAUGAAACCGACUACACGACAGGAGGCGAGUCCUGCGACGAGCUGGAGGAAGACUGGGUCAGGGAAUACCCACCUAUCACGUCAGAUCAACAAAGACAAGUCUACAAGAGAAGUUUUGACACAGGCCUGCAGGAGUACAAGAGUUUACAAGCUGAACUGGACGAGGUUAAUAAAGAGCUCUCUCGUCUAGACAGAGAAUUGGAUGACUACAGGGAGGAAAGUGAAGAGUACAUGGCUGCUGCUGAUGAAUAUAAUAGACUAAAGCAAGUUAAGGGAUCUGCAGAUUAUAAAAGUAAGAGGAAUUACUGCAAGGAGUUGAAGAGCAAAUUGUCGCACAUCAAGAGGAUGGUUGGGGACUAUGACAGACGGAAAACUUAGGCAGACACGGCUGCUGGAGAAGCAAGGCACACCUUUCUGCCCGAUGUCUCUGCAAUUCUCUCCAGAGGCAAAUUGACUUUGGACUCUAAUCUGGGAAGUCAAAACUUUGUGAUCGUUACAAAGUUUCUAUAGCUUUAAAAACCAUCAGUUUCUAUUAUCAGUAUUGAAGCAUUUUAUAAAUGGCUUUUGACAAUUGACUGAGCUGAACACUCCGAUUAAGAAUUUUACAUUUUUGACAUUGAUUCUCGUAUUAAGAAUGAGAUGUUGUUCGGGGCUUUAAAUGUAAAGAAAAAGUCCUGAUGUGAACUCUGUUGCGAGCAUUCACAUGCUAGCCAGUGAUCUCUUAACAUCCGAGUGCGCCCCUCUGGGUAGACCAUAUCACAGCAGCCUUCAGGUGGCCGUUAUUUAUAAUCACAUUGCUUUUGUUUUUGCAAGACAGGGUUUCUCUGUGUAGCCCUAGCUGUCCUAGAACUCACUCUGCAAACCAGGCUGUCCUUGAACUCACAGACAUCUGUCUACCUUUGCCUCCUAAGUGCUGGGUUGCACCAAGCUAGGUCCCUGCAGUAACAUCUCCAAAUUGAAAAAGCUUGCUUCCCAAAGGCAGUUUUGGUUGUGUUUUGUGGCUAUGCAAAUUGCAGCAUUUCUGCCUACUGUAUACAAUACAAUCUAUUGGCCACCGUCCCUACUGGUGUUUUUCUCGUAUUGAUUAGAAUUAGGAUUAUUUGUGGCUUUACUUUUUUUUCUAACACUUAAGAUCAUGUAAAAUUAACAAAUGUAUAACAUUUAAAAAGUGUAAAUAGAUAUUUGCUUUUGAAAGAUCAUUUUAAAUCUGAGGUUAGAGUUUUGUGUAUUUUAAAGUUCUUUUUAUCUUUUAUAGUUUACAUGCUUUUUUUUUUGAUAACCCACUAGACCUUUUCACUAUAUCAGAGUAUUUGAUUACAUUUAUAAUUAUGACUUGAGUAUUUCACAGGAAAGCUCAAGUUCUGUACAUAUUUUGUAAAGUAUUAAACCGGAUGUUCUCUUUCUAUGAUGUGCUUGUUUGAUGUCAUUAGU